CCGAAGAUGCCCGAAGCCGUCGGGACGGACCCGAGUACCUCACGCAAGAUGGCGGAGCUGGAGGAGGUGACUCUGGACGGGAAGCCUCUUCAGGCUCUGCGGGUGACCGACCUGAAGGCCGCACUGGAGCAGCGAGGCCUAGCCAAGAGCGGGCAGAAGAGUGCCCUGGUCAAGCGGCUCAAAGGGGCUCUAAUGCUAGAAAAUUUACAGAAACACUCAACACCCCAUGCUGCAUUCCAGCCAAAUUCACAGAUUGGGGAGGAGAUGAGCCAGAACAGUUUCAUCAAGCAGUAUCUGGAAAAGCAGCAGGAGCUCCUGAGGCAGCGUCUAGAACGUGAAGCUCGAGAGGCUGCAGAGCUUGAAGAAGCUGAGUCGGAGGACGAGAUGAUCCAUCCUGAGGGAGUGGCUUCCCUGCUGCCUCCUGACUUUCAGAGCAGCCUGGAGAGACCAGAGCUGGAACUCAGCAGACAAUCGCCCAGAAAGAGCUCCUCUUUUUCUGAAGAAAAAGGUGAAUCUGAUGAUGAGAAAACAAGAAAAGGAGAAAGACGAUCAUCCAGGGUUAGACAGGCAAGAGCAGCUAAACUCUCUGAGGGCAGCCAGGCUGCUGAGGAAGAAGAGGAUCAAGAAACACCAUCUAGAAACCUAAGGGUCAGAGUAGAUCGAAAUUUAAAAAUGGAGGAGGAAGAAGAGGAGGAGGAAGAAGAUGAUGAUGAUGACAAUGAAGAGGAAGAAGAGGUAGAUGAGGGACAGAAAUCUAGAGAGGCAGAGGCACCAAUCCUGAAACAGUUUGAGGAUGAAGAGAGAGAAGAGAUUCCCAAAGCAAAACCAGAAAAGGUGGUAGAAGAGAAACCCCAGUUCAUAACAUCCCAGGAAAAUGAUGAGUUAGAGAAAGGAGGGCGAGUUACAAGAUCCCAAGAAGAAGCUAGAAGAAGUCACCUGGCCAGACACCAGCAAGAGAAAGACACAGAAGUAGUUUCUCCCUUUCAGGAAGCAAAUGAGGUAAAGUCUUCACAAGGCUUGGAGGAACGAUCACAGUCUCCUUCCCCGCCUCCACUCACCGAAGACCUAGAGAAGACCCCUGUUGUGCCAGAGCAGAUAGCCAGUGAGGAAGAAACUCCCCCACCACUACUUACCAAGGAAGCAUCAUCUCCUCCAGCUCAUAUACAACUCCAGGACGAGGAGGAGAUAGAGCCAGUGGAAGGUCCAGCACCCCCUGUCCUCAUUCAGUUAUCACCUCGUAAUACAGAUCCUGAAAGUCGAGAGCUGAUAAUGUCUCCACAUCCUGUCAAUCUGGUAAGAGGCCUGUCUCCUUUGUCCAGUAUUCCAGACAGCAAAGCAGAAUCUCCAGCAGAGAGAGUGCCAGCUGAGAGUGUCCUGCUUCUGGCUCAGAAAAGCUCACUGUCUGAAUACUCAGCCCAGAAAGGUCUUGAAACUGAACCUGAAAAAUCUGCUCACCCCCUCCCUCCAGCUGUAGAGGAAUUAGUACCCACCAAAGGGACCACUGAGGAGCCUGUGAAAAAGCAGUCUUCGGAACAGAAGGGGGACAGAAGAGCGCCUCCCACUCUCUUCCCAGACCAUGAUUUGAAACACUCAGCCGACUCGUCCUCUAGCCGGUCCUCUUCACCUUCCUCCUCCAGCUCGAGGUCCAGAUCUCAGUCACCCGACAGCUCAGCCUCCCACCCACAGUCAUCUCCAAGACCUAAACACAGAGAUGUAUCCCAAGCUCGAGUUCACGCCAACCCUCAUGACAGACCCAAGAUGGGCUCCAGGUCAACAUCAGAGUCCAGGUCACGGUCCCGAUCCCGUUCCCGUUCAGCAUCAAGCAGCAGCAGAAAGGGGAGCCCAAAGAAGUGUGAAGCUGGAGAGGCAGAGCCACCAGCUGCCACACAGCCUCAAACCUCAGAGACUCAGAUCUCUCAUCUGCCAGAAUCAGAAAGGAUUCUUCACACUGUUGAAGAGAAGGAGGAAGUGACCAUGGACACGAGUGAGAACAGACCUGAAAACGAGGUUCCAGAGCCUCCUGUGCCUAUUGCAGACCACGUCAGCAAUGACGAGCGCCCAGAGGGCAGUGCUGAAGAAGAGGAGAAGAAAGAGAGUUCGAUGCCCAAAUCCUUCAAGAGGAAAAUCUCCGUUGUCUCAGCUACCAAGGGGGUGCAAGCCGGAAACAGUGACACAGAGGGGGGCCAGCCUGGUCGAAAGCGCCGUUGGGGAGCCAGCACCGCCACCACGCAGAAGAAACCUUCCAUCAGCAUCACUACUGAGUCACUCAAGAGCCUCAUCCCCGACAUCAAACCCCUGGCGGGGCAGGAGGCUGUUGUGGAUCUUCAUGCUGACGACUCCCGGAUCUCUGAGGACGAGACAGAGCGGAAUGGUGACGAUGGAUCCCACGACAAAGGACUGAAAAUAUGCCGAACUGUCACUCAGGUAGUGCCUGCAGAGGGCCAGGAGAAUGGGCAGAGGGAAGAGGAAGAAGAAAAGGAGCCUGAAGCAGAACCCCCUGUACCUCCCCAGGUGUCAGUAGAGGUGGCCUUGCCUCCACCUGUGGAGCAUGAAGUAAAGAAAGUGAUGUUAGGAGAGACCUUAACCCGGAGGUCCAUUAGCCAGCAGAAGUCUGGAGUUUCCAUUACAAUUGACGACCCAGUCCGGACUGCCCAGGUGCCCUCCCCACCCAGGGGCAAGAUCAGUAACAUUGUCCAUAUCUCCAACUUGGUUCGUCCCUUCACUUUAGGCCAGCUGAAGGAGUUACUGGGGCGGACAGGAACUUUAGUAGAAGAGGCCUUCUGGAUUGACAAGAUCAAAUCUCAUUGCUUUGUAACGUACUCCACAGUAGAGGAAGCCGUCGCCACCCGCACAGCUCUGCAUGGGGUCAAGUGGCCCCAGUCCAACCCCAAAUUCCUCUGUGCUGACUAUGCUGAGCAAGACGAGCUGGACUAUCACCGGGGACUCUUGGUUGAUCGGCCUUCUGAAACUAAGACAGAGGAUCAGGGAGCACCAAGGCCCCUGCACCCUCCACCCCCACCCCCAGUCCAGCCACCACCCCACCCCCGGGCAGAGCAACGGGAGCAGGAACGGGCUGUGCGGGAGCAAUGGGCAGAACGGGAGCGAGAAAUGGAACGUCGGGAGAGAACUCGGUCUGAGCGAGAAUGGGAUCGGGACAAAGUUCGAGAGGGUCCCCGCUCCCGAUCACGGUCCCGUGACCGCCGCCGCAAAGAGCGUGCAAAAUCUAAAGAAAAGAAGAGUGAGAAGAAAGAAAAGGCUCAGGAGGAGCCACCUGCCAAGUUGCUAGAUGACCUUUUCCGUAAGACUAAGGCAGCUCCCUGCAUCUAUUGGCUCCCACUGACUGAAAGCCAGAUUGUUCAGAAGGAGGCAGAGCAGGCUGAACGGGCCAAGGAGCGAGAGAAGCGGCGAAAGGAACGAGAGGAAGAAGAACAGAAGGAGCGGGAGAAGGAAGCUGAGCGGGAACGGAACCGACAGCUAGAACGGGAGAAGCGAAGAGAGCACAGCAGGGAGAGAGAAAGGGAGAGGGAGCGAGAGAGGGAUAGGGGUGACCGAGAUCGGGACAGGGAACGAGACCGAGACCGAGGCAGGGAGAGGGAUCGCAGAGACACCAAGCGCCACAGCAGAAGCCGGAGUCGAAGCACACCUGUACGGGACCGGGGUGGGCGCCGCUAGCUGAGGAAAACUAGGAGAGCUGCAGGUACCUGCCACUCUGCCCGGGGAGGAUAAAGGCCACAGAGGGAUAGGUACAAUCACCACCACCCUGGAACCAAGGGUCUCACACCAUUGCUCAGUGCUGAACUAUAACUGCCACCCAUCCCCACACACCAAAUGGAGCAGUGGCAAUCUCUCCCCAACCUAUCUCUUGGAACUUAGCCCUCCCCUUUCUUCCCAUUAAGUGUUGAGAGGGAAGAGCUAGGUUAUGGAGGGAAGGGUUUGGCCAGAAAUGGGAAUAGCCAAGUGCCCCAGACCUUUUAUUUUCCCUCCGUUCUGCUUUCCACCUCCCUUGGGUACUCACGCACAGCCUCUUGGGAACAGCCGGGGCCGGGACUGGGUCACCUAUGAGCUGAAUCAGCCUCCUCCUGAGUCCCAGGGCCCCUGCAGUUCCCAGUCUCUGUUCUGCAGCCUCUUGCCCUCUGGUUCCACUUUAUAUCCACCUUUUCCUUUUGUUCAAUUUUUAUUUUUAUUUUUUUUUAUUAUUAAAUGAUGUGGUCUAUGGAAAAUAAAAAUCUGACUUAGUUUUAA